CCGAACUUUACCUGUUUGCAGUGCGCCACCGCAUAGCCAUUCGAACGUCGCCUGCGCCCUCGCCUUUGCCAUUACCGUAGAUCCCCGGCACAUCGCUGCGGCACAGUGAUUUAGCCAACGAACCUGUCGAUCAAGCGUCAGUCGUUCGCUGAGUGCCAAACGAUAAACAUCAAACAUCGCGUCGACCACCACUACCAACCGCCUCGCUGACGUUGUAAUCAGCUCCUAAAAAUUCCGCAACACAGAUACGAAGCACACAAAUAGAACCCAAACGCGCAGCGAAAAUACCCAGCAACCGAAUCAACGCGCGCAGGCAGCGAACAGCAGGCAAACCAAGCAAGCAACAAUCAGCCAGCAGAGGUAGCAAUCGAUCGACUCUGGGCCGAACGACCAGUUGACGAGUCUUUUAAUCGCGGUGCCACUAGAACAUUGAGUUCAUUUGCUGAACGAACGUCGAAGUGAGCAGAAGACUUGGUCGGAAGUAGCGCACGCGUUUAAGUCUAUAAAAGUCAAAAGAAAAUUACGUUGCGAGUGAACGGAAGACAUUAUCGAACGGAAAAACCUCGUAUUAAACGAAAGUGAAUUAAGCUCGAGCUCGCUUAAAAAAAAAAAUAAAUAAAGUGGUGAAAAAUAUCAGAGAGAAAAAAAAUAAAAAGACGUGAACUUCUAAAGAAGAAAGUGAAAAUAAAAUUUUGCAGAACAUCAGAACAUUCAAUUAAUUGUAAAUGUGUAUGCUAUAAAUAAAUAUAUGUAAAUGCACAACUGAACAAAGAAACUUAAAAUAAAAACACUGAAAAGCUUUAAAAAUUCGUGAAAAAUAAAUUGCGUUUUGUGAUUUUUACAAUUAAAAUGGUAACUGGAGUAGCUGACCCAAGCAUGACAGCCAACGUUAUUGGAGCUCCGGUUGCGCCAACGCUCAAAGAUGCACCAACCGUCAAAAGCGAUCGUCGGUCAAAUAAACCAAUUAUGGAAAAACGCCGACGCGCUCGCAUCAACAAUUGCCUAAAUGAGCUGAAAACACUGAUUCUGGACGCGACCAAAAAAGACCCUGCGCGUCACUCAAAACUAGAGAAAGCCGACAUUCUGGAGAAGACUGUGAAGCAUCUGCAAGAACUUCAGCGCCAACAGGCGGCUAUGCAGCAAGCCGCCGACCCCAAGGUCAUCAAUAAAUUCAAGGCCGGUUUCGCUGAUUGUGCCAACGAGGUCAGCCGCUUCCCUGGUCUGGAUCCCGCAGUGAAACGUCGCCUGCUUCAGCACCUCAGCAACUGCAUUAACGGCGUUAAGUCCGAGCUGCACCAGCACCAGCGGCAAAUGGCAAGCGCUCCAUCCCAGAUGCUGCCCUCACCACCCAGCUCGCCCGAACAGGAUCAGCACCAUCUGCAGCAUCAACAUGUCGCUGCUGCUGCCACCGCUGGUAAUCCCUUCCUAUUGGGCGCGCAGUUGCAGCACACAAUGAACGGCUAUUUCCUGCCCAAUGGCCUGCAAGUGAUCCCCACCAAACUUCCCAAUGGCAACAUAGCGCUGGUGUUGCCGCAACAUCAGCAGCACCACCACCAACAGCAGGCGCAGCAGCACACAACAACACACAUGCAGCACCAACAGUUGAGCGCAGCUCAAGCUGCCGCCGCCGCCGCCGCACUAAUGACCAUGCCCACCCGCACCGCCUCCACCAGCUCGGCCUCUUCGCACAGCUCAUCCGUUUAUGAGCGCACCAUCUGUUCGCCGGCCAACAGUGUGACGCACUACGCACCCCCCAGCCCCGCCAACUCGUACGAGGCCAUGGACUGCAAACCCUCAGUCAUUCAACAUGCGCCAACGCUUUCCCAACAACAACAACAACAUCUGCAGCAGCAGCAGCAACAACAACAGCAAAAUCAGCAACCGCUCUCGCUGGUAAUCAAGAAGGACAUUAAAGUGGAGGAUGAACAGCCUUGGCGGCCAUGGUGAAGAGGCUGGCGCCAGCCGCGCGCGCGCACCCACCAAAAGAACUGGUCAACGCCCCCUUUCCAUAGAAACGAGGGGCAGACGUGAUGAAUACCAAAGCUAGAAGAGCAGAUAAUAGCUGGCGGCGAGGCGGUUGCGUUCGCCAGCAGAUGGUGGCAGUGGAAUGCAUUGGGAUAUCUGGCGAAAAGUCAACGGCACCCACAAAGUUUAUUCGGACUCAUUUCGCGCACUUGCCUUAGUGUAAAUGACGUUGAAGUUGAAAAUAUCCGCAUCCGUUGGCAGAUCGCGCGCGCCACCUCAGCAUCGACCAUCACACAGGCAGCAAAGCAGCCACUGGGUGUGACGCACGCGUUCCGCCGGCUGAGCACACGCCGAUAUGCAUCCAGAAAUACCAACAUCGGAAUGAUUCAAGCACGAAAGCAUUGAUCGACAGCACUUAAGUGACUUAAGUAACCACUACCUCAGCAAUACAGGGGCGAAUUUGCGGUUUGUCGCGCCUCAGGGGCGCUUCAUUUGAAUUUCUCAGCUAUCUCAUUGGAGUAUUACAAUUAGAAUAACUAAUAUUGACGUAUCGUCGGUGUAUUUAGUCAUUAAUUAUUUAUAAUUUCAAAUGAAAAAUGCAAAUGAUUUAUGGUUUGCAAUACACAUUGCUUCAUUUAUUAGCAAUUUUAUUUUUUCCAUUUUCCAAUUUAAUUGUACAUGUUCGUUAUAUACAUACAUUGUGCGCGAACCAUACCAUGAAUACCAUACCAAUAUUUGUGUGGACGCCUAUUUAUGUAUAAAUAGUGCAAGUAUGUAUUUAGAAUUGCAGAAUAACAACAACAACAGAUGUUAAAAAAAAACAAUCGAAAACAAUAAAAUCUUUGAGGUCUUCCCAAUUUGUAGAGUAUGUAACUUGUACUUGUGUAGGUACUUAUUUACAUACAUGCAUAUGUUAAUAUAUUUAAAUAUUUAAUAUGUAUACAUACAUAUGUAAUAAUUUUUUAGUCAUAAAAUUAGAAAUAA